AUGAGGUCGGGGCAGCGCCGACGACGGGUGUUGGUGAGCAGCGACGGUGCGGCGUCGGGGCUCGGGGCGCUGCGGGGUCGAGCCCCCGAUCCAGCUUGUGUCGAGUGGGCGGGCGCCGUGCAGGAGGAGACGGAGAAGCGGGUUGUGGCGUCGGGCGGCGCAGCUGGGGCCGCGCCGGGGAUGGGCGCCGGCGGCGCAGGCGCGGGAUCGGGCGUCGGGGUCGCGGGAUCGAGCGUCGGGGUCGGGGCGCCGUGCCUCGAUCCAGAAUCGUGGGAAGGGAGUGGGGAAAUGAGGAGGAUCGUGGGAGAGUGGGGUUGGGCUAGGGUUAGGUCGGGGGAGCCGGGCCAUAUAGGCCAGGGAGGGGUGUGGGAGUGGGCCGGCCUGACUGGUGGCCAGAGCAUUUAG